GAACCUCGAGGCUGGUCUCUAAAGCAUGGCCACCGGAAGCGGCUGGUUCUGCAGGCGGAGGGCGCGAACGAGACUUCCGACGAGAAGGGCCCGGGCCGUUCUACCGUGAAGCGCAGCCUUCACAACGGGAGCCGACGGCGCUAUCUGGACCCCACUUUCUAUGGGAAGUACGGGAACGAUUACAAGGUCCAGACGCGGCGCAACCUACUCCGGCGGGAGGUGGUCGCCAGUCUCCUGGACCUGGAAGAGAUGACGGAAGAGUGGGCAUGGCAGGCGGAGGAAGAGGCGGAAUGGGAAGAGGAAGACUGGUUCGAGGAGCUUGAUUCCUUUUCGGACAUCAGCUUCAGCAGCUGCCGUACACCAUCCACGACGGCUUCAAGUUGCGACGGUCCUUGCAAGCCUGAGCAUUCCAAAGCUUCGAAGCGCUGGGAUGAAGCCAUUGGGCGGGCCAACGUCAUGGCCAAGCUGUACACGAAGUCUACACGUUCUGGUGCGAAGGCCGAGCCCAAAUCUAAGGAGAAGAAGGUCCCGGACAAGCUUAGCAUGCUAGCAGGGAGUCUUCGAAACAAGCACAACGUGAAGCUGCUGGAGCAAAGCCUGCUUGACGGCGGACAGGAUUCUCUUCGCAGCUUCCAGCUGGAGUUUCUGGAGCAGUUCUCGCCAGCCAUUUGCUCUGGACUGCGCGGUAUCUUUCGGAACGAGAUCAUGUUGCGAGCCACCCCUACGAACAAGUGUGUUUACGAUCGGUUCAAGUUGCAGAUUAAGAAAAAGGGCAACCUCUGUCCCGUUUUCCAUGGCACGGACGAGGCAAACCUUCCAUCGAUUUAUGCAAAGGGGCUGCUCGUUCCCGGGGGUGAGCAGGGCGUCCGUGUCGCUCAUGGGGCAUCCCAUGGCAACGGCAUUUACACUGCGAAGACGCAGAAUCCUGGGUUGUCCUUCGGAUUCUGCCGAGGAACCAGGAGGCCGCUCCUGGUGUGUGGGGUGUUGGACGAUGCCGUUCCGCUUGCCAGGAAAUACCAACUCGGAAACCACUAUGUCACGGCAGAGUCGCAGAAUGCUCGUCACGUGGGGGAUGCCAUCGUGGUCUUCGAUGCAAGUCGGGUCAUUCCCCUCUUUGAGGCCUGGGACCCAAUGGACCCAGGGCUCCACGUCCCAGCGGCCGCAGUACGGGCCCCGGCCCUGCCACCGCCAGCGGUGCAGCCGCAGCUUCCGACAUCGCUUCCUCCGGCGAAGGUCUACAAGGGUGGCCCAAAGACCCGGCUUCGGUCAAAGCCAGAGACGCGGGAGGCGUUUCAAGUCGAUGACCUUCGACGUAGCUUCGAGGAGAUACGGCACACCAAGUACGGCAAACAGUCGGAAGUCUCUAUGGAAUGUUGGUUGCGAACUUCGCUAUCGGAAAGUGUCCGCAGCGCGCGUUGUGCCAGAGUCUUAAUGGUCAUUGUCGAAGGGAGGCGCAAGAAAGUUCGAGUGGUUCCCGGCACGAGUGGGUUUGUGCGAGGUUGUGCCAGAGUCUUACUGGUCAUUGUCGAAAGGAGGACUGGGCGGGGCAGCGAGGAGAAUUUGACGGGCGAGCGCAAGAAAGUUCGAGUGGUUCCCGGCACGAGUGGGCUUGUGCGAAGACUGGGCGGCGAGGAGUUUGAUGGGCGAGCGUCUCCGAACUGGCAUUUCUGCCUACUCGCAGAGCUGCCUUUUGCAAAGGAGGACUGGGCGGUGGGCAGCGAGGAAAAUUUGACGGGCGAGCGUCUCCGAACUGGCAUAUCUGCCUACUCGCAGAGCUGCCUUUUGCAAAGGCGCGAGAAAGUUCGAGAGGACUGGGCGGCGGGCAGCGAGGAAAAUUUGACGGGCGAGCGUCUCUGA